UUGGCCUUCCUUUAUACGGUAGCUUGAGGACACACCAUUGCUGAAUCUGCCUCCUUCAGCAAAUGAACUCUGCACUGAGAGUGGAGAUGUGGCUUCUGAUUCUGGUGGCACAUCUGCUUCAAAGAAAUGUGAACUCAGGACACUUGCCAACUAAAGCUGUGGACCCCGAAGCAUUCAUGAAUAUUAGUGAAAUCAUUCAACAUAAAGGCUAUCCCUGUGAGGAGUAUGAAGUUACAACUGAAGAUGGGUAUAUCCUUUCUGUUAACAGAAUUCCUCAAGGCCUAGCACAACCCAAGAAGAAAGGUUCCAGGCCGGUGGUGUUACUGCAGCAUGGUCUGCUUGGUGAUGCCAGCAACUGGAUUUCCAACCUGCCUAACAAUAGCCUGGGCUUCAUCCUGGCAGAUGCUGGUUUCGAUGUGUGGAUGGGGAACAGCAGGGGAAACACCUGGUCUCGGAAACAUAAGACCCUCUCCAUAGACCAAGAUGAGUUCUGGGCUUUCAGUUAUGAUGAGAUGGCUAGGUUUGACCUUCCUGCAGUGAUAAACUUUAUUUUGCAGAAAACGGGCCAGGAAAAGAUCUACUAUGUCGGCUAUUCACAGGGCACCACCAUGGGCUUUAUUGCAUUUUCCACAAUGCCAGAGCUGGCUCAAAAAAUCAAAAUUUAUUUUGCUUUGGCCCCUAUAGCCACUGUUAAAUAUGCAAAAAGCCCUGGGACCAAAUUUUUGUUGUUACCAGAUAUGAUGAUCAAGGGGUUGUUUGGAAAGCAAGAAUUUCUGUACCAGACAAGAUUUUUCAGACAGUUUGUUAUUUACCUUUGUGGCCAGAUGAUUCUUGAUCAAAUUUGCAGCAAUAUCAUCUUACUUAUGGGAGGCUUUAACACGAACAACAUGAAUAUGAGCCGAGCAAAUGUGUAUGUUGCCCAUUCUCCUGCCGGAACGUCUGUGCAGAAUAUUCUACACUGGAGCCAGGCAGUGAAUUCUGGGGAACUCCGAGCAUUUGACUGGGGAAGUGAGACCAAGAACCUGGAGAAAGGCAAUCAUCCAAGUCCUUUAAGGUACAAUGUUCGAGAUAUGACAGUGCCAACGGCGAUGUGGUCAGGAGGUCAGGAUUGGCUUUCAAAUCCAGAGGAUGUGAAAACGCUGCUCUCUGAGGUGACCAACCUCAUCUACCAUAAGAACAUUCCCGAAUGGGCCCACGUGGACUUCAUCUGGGGGCUGGACGCUCCUCACCGGAUGUACAAUGAAAUCAUACAUCUGAUGAAGCAGGAGGAGGCAAACCUUCACCAGGAAACCUGCAAGGUCUCUCUGUGAAACUUCUGACACUGACAAGACUUAGGAACGAAGUUAUGGAAGGUGCGGUUAGGACCAGGAAUAGAGCAGAGGGUUUUAAAGGUUUCCACAAGGGAGAACAUACCAUAUCAAUCAAAGGGCAAAGGGAGAAUACAGUUAUAUCUUCCUUCUGAUUUCUACAUAUGACACUAGAACUCGAUUUACAUUUUUUCAGUGAGUUAUGCUAAAGUAUUAGUUAA